CGUGAUACUUCAAUAUUGUAUCUAUUGCUGAUGUUUGGUACUCUAUGGCUUGGAUUAUUCUUGUAUAAUUUCCGAAAAACCCCUUAUUUAACUCGCUCCAGACGCGAAUGGCUUGCAGAUUAUGCAUUGCCUGCUUCUGUGCUUAUUAUGUCGUUUACGGGUGCAUAUGUUUUCUCCGAAGUUACCAGUAAGCCUAUGAACAUUUUUUCUAUCCUGGCUGCAAAUAUAUUUUUGCUUCCAUGGCGCGUCUAUUUCCUUUGUGCUGUUCUUGGAUUUUCUUUAUCAUUUCUCUUUUUUAUGGAUCAAAAUAUUACAUCGGCGAUUAUAAACAAUCCACAGAAUAAAUUAAAAAAGGGACCCUCCCAAAAUUUGGAUUUAUUUGUUGUAGCAAUUCUUAACAUAUUUUUAUCCCUAUACGGUUUACCGUGGAUGCACGGAGCGCUGCCGCACUCACCGUUACAUCUUCGGGCGUUAGCCGACGUUGAGGAACGUGUACAACAGGGUCAUGUCCAUGAAGUGAUAAUGAACGUUCGAGAAACACGGUUAGCAAGCCUGAUCGCCCACACAUUGAUUUUAAUAUCAUCAGUAACACUGUUACCUACUCCUCUGCAACUAAUACCUACCUCUGUACUCCAUGGACUGUUCCUCUACAUGGCACUAACUUCGCUUAGUGGCAACGAGAUGUUUGAACGACUGCUGCUUUUGAUUACAGAGCAGCAAGCUUAUCCACCAACCCACUACAUCCGACGAGUACCUCAGCGUAAGGUCCACCUUUUUACAACGUGCCAACUAACGCAACUGAUUAUUCUAUGUGCUUUUGGGUUUUCGCCGUAUCCUUUCAUCGAAAUGAUAUUCCCUAUAGUUUGCUUCCUUUUCUUGCCAGUCAGGCAUCUACUUAUCCCACGAAUAAUCGAUUAUAAGUAUUUAGAUGCACUAGAUGGACGCCAUUAA